AUGGAUUUGAAGACAGCCAUCACCAACUUGGUUUCAUCAGUCAUCACAGCUUUUGAAGAACUCAACCAGCUUGAUCAAGUUCCUCAAGCUACAAGUUUGAGGUGGUUUGAUAUCUGUGAAGACAAUGCUCAGUACUACAGCACCAUUCUACUUGACCCAACAUCAAGCGUUCAUCUUCGACAAUGUCUACAGUCAAACAUUGCUCUCCUAAACACGUAUGGAGAAAAAUUCUUAGGAUUGAGCCAUAGAGUUGUUGGUGACCUCAGUAAUCGAGCUGCUGCUACUAUCAAAUGGCAGGACAUGGAGAGUGCAUUUGAGGGUAGAAUCAAGACAGGAUGUGUCAUUAAUCUCCGUCACGCUGACUUGAAGACCUUCUUGAACGAUGCUGAAAACUUGGUUAUCAUGAAAGUUCAAGAAGCCAUGCAGCAGCAUGGGAGUCUGAAAGCCAAUACCCUGCUCCUUUGUCGAUUUGAAUGUCAUAAGAAUGAUGCUGUUGUUGUAGAAACCAAGUCAUUCCAGAGUAAAAGCUCUACAAUUUUAGCUGAAACAGGAUUACAUGAAUGGUAUCAAGAAAGCGUAGUGAGUCAAACGUUGAGAAAAGUUGACGAGCUUCAAGAAAAUCAGUCAGGUUGGAGUUUGUCAGAAACUCUCAAUCUGACUGUUAAUAUUUCAAGAUUUACACCACUACAAGCGGGAAUUUCAACGUUUGUUCAAGUCCCAGGUGACAUUCGUAAGAAGGAAGGUGUAGUCAAUAUAAUCAAUGAGGAUCACUACUGCUUUCUUUGGUGUGUUGUUGCGGCUUUAUAUCCAGUAAAAUCAAAUAGGAAUUUACCGUCAUCUUAUCCAUAUCCCAGCUCAGUAUUAGAUCAUACUGGAAUAAAAUUUCCAAUAGAAUUGAAGGAUAUACCAUUAUUUGAAAAAAUGAAUGAUUUAAGAAUUAAUGUGUACGGUAUAGAGUCAAAAGAAAAUGAAAAAGAUCCUAGUGUUAUUAUUCCUCUAUACUUAAGUCCAAAUCUUGAGUGUGAGAAAGAUACCAUUCAUCUGCUUAUGAUUGAAACAAACUUGACAUUGAACAAAGAUGAUAGUAUUGAAAAUCACAAACCUAUAUUUCAUUUUGCAUGGAUACGAAAUCCUUCAAGAUUAGUCGGAAGUAGUGUUAAAAAGGGACACUACAAGUUAUUCUUCUGCGAUCGUUGUCUCUGUCAUUUCAGACAUGAAGCAUCAUUUAAACGACACCAAUCUGAUUGUCUCCAAUACAACAAAGUAAGAAUGACUCUACCCAGCGAAAAAAAUAAAAUACUAUCAUUCAAAGAUCAUAAAUACAAAGAUCCAGUACCGUUUGUUGUAUACGCGGAUCUUGAAAGCGUCCUGGAGGAGGAAACAGAAGAUAUUCAAAAGCAUACACCUCACAGUAUAGCUUAUUACUUACAUUGCAGUUAUGACAAUUCACUGUCCAGGUUUAAUUUAAAUCGUUCGGAAGAUUGUAUUAAGUGGUUUGUACAAGAACUUGAGUCAAUAAGCCACCAAGUCAGUGGUUAUUUAAAAAAUCCAAAACCUCUACCAAAGUUGACUGAUGAAGAACAGAAGUCAUUUGAUGAAGCAGUGAAUUGUCAUAUCUGCAAUGAGCCAUUUAAAUCUGCCAAUGAUAAGAAAGUAAGAGACCACUGUCACUUCACCGGGAAAUUCAGAGAAGCUGCUCAUAACUCCUGUAACUUAAAUUUUCAACAAAGUCACAUCAUUCCAAUAGUUUUUCACAACUUAUCCGGCUAUGACUGUCAUUUUAUCUUAGAGUCUGUAGCAACAGUUUUCAAUGGUUCAGUUGAAAUAUUACCUAUUAAUAAAGAAAAGUACAUUGCAUUUACCAAAACUGUAGACGACACCAAUAUUCAUCUCAGAUUCAUCGACUCAUUUAGAUUCAUGGCAUCAAAACAACUUAAACUUGUAACGAGCAAGGGAAUAUUUCCCUAUGAAUACGUGGACAGUUUAGAAAAAUUAUACGAGACUGAACUAUCAGACAGACAAGCUUUUUACUCUCGACUGAGUGAUAAACACAUUAGUGACGAAGACUACUCGUUUGCCCAAACAGUGUGGAAUAAAUUCAACAUACAGACUCUCGGUGAAUACUCUGAUCUCUAUUUAAAAACAGAUGUCUUAUUAUUGGCAGAUAUUUUUGAAAAUUUUCGUGCAAGUUGUUACAAAACUUAUGAGUUAGACGCUCUACAUUAUUAUACUGCUCCAGGACUUGCUUUUUCUGCCAUGCUCAAACAUACAGGAGUACAACUUGAGCUAUUACUAGACCCCGAAAAGAUACUGUUUUUUGAGAAAGGUCUCCGUGGUGGAGUAUCUCAAUGUGUCAAUCGAUACGCCAAGGCCAACAACCGUUACAUGGGUGAAGACUUCAAUCCAGAAGAAGAUGAGUCCUACAUCAUGUAUCUGGACGUAAACCACCUCUACGGAGCUGCAAUGAGCAUGUCUCUUCCUCAAGGCUCCUUUGAGUGGGAGGAAAAGAUCACAGAGGAGAAUAUUACAUCAAUAUUCAACUCUGAUGAAUCUAUCGGAUAUGUACUUGAGGUUGACUUGGAGUAUCCUGAAGAUCUACAUGAACUCCACAAAGACAUGCCAUUGUGUUCAGAACACUUCACUCCACCAGGCAGCAAGACUCGUAAGCUAGCUACAACACUGUAUCCAAAAAUGAAUUAUGUGAUUUAUUACAAGAACUUGGAACAGUGUUUGCAACUCGGAAUGAAACUUGUAAAAGUUCACCGAGUAUUAAAGUUUGCGCAGUCACCAUGGCUCAAACCUUACAUCGACAAGAACACCGAGUGUCGUAAAAAUGCUGCCAAUGAGUUUGAAAAGAACUUUUUCAAACUCAUGAACAACGCAGUGUUUGGUAAGACCAUGGAGAAUGUGCGUAAACAUAAGGAUAUCAAGCUAGUAAACAAGUGGCUCGGUCGAUAUGGCGCAAAAAGUUUGAUUUCAAAAUCAAACUUUAACAGCUUCACGAUUUUCGGGGAAAAUCUAGUAAUAGUUGAGAUGGAUAAAUUGAACGUUUACUUCAAUAAACCAAUUUAUGUCGGCUUCAGUAUCCUGGACUUGUCGAAGAUCUUUGUAUAUGAUUUUCAUUAUAAAUAUGUUAAGCAGAAUUUCGACAAUGACGCUGCGAAGCUGCUCUAUACCGACACGGACAGUCUCAUCUAUCACUUCAAGGUGCCUGAUAUUUUUCAAGUUAUCAAACGUGAUAUACACAAGUUUGAUACUUCUGACUAUCCAAUCAACAACGAGUAUGGUAUACCUCAAAAGAAUAAGAAGGUUCUUGGACUCAUGAAGGAUGAAAACAAUGGCAAAAUUGUAUCAGAGUUUAUCGGCCUCAGAGCAAAGCUGUAUGCAUUUAAGCUACACGAGAAAAGUGAGGUGAAAAAGAGAGCCAAUGGAGUCAAAGGAUCAACACUGCGAACCAUUACGUUUGAUGACUUCAAGAAUUGUUUAUUAGAUCAUGUAAAUAUUUUUAAAGAGCAAUUCUUGAUAAGAAGUAAUAGACAUGUUGUCAAAACUAUCAAACAAAAUAAGCUUUCACUGAGCUGGGAUGAUGAUAAACGUCAACUGCUGGAAGACUCUACUGAUACUCUUCCAUGGGGCUAG